AUGUCCACACCAAUUCCCCAGCCAAAGCCUCUCCCCAUUGUGGGAAACCUCUUUGACAUCAAGGCGAGCAAUACAUGGGCCUCCCUCAAGAAGCUCGCAGAGGCACAUGGAGAGAUCUUCCAGGUCAAGAUCCUCGGCCGCACCAUUGUCUUCGUCGCCGGUGCAAAUCUGGCCGAGGAGAUCUGCGACGAGAAGCGAUUCAGAAAGCUCGUCAGCAGUCCCAUCAUCGAGAUCCGUGCUGCCGUGCACGAUGCCCUCUUCACAGCCUUCCACCACGAGGAGAGCUGGGGCAUCGCGCAUCGCAUCAUCGCCCCCAAGCUCUCGCCCCAGACCAUGCCUGACCACUUCUACGAGAUGCGGGACAUCACUGCCGAGCUCGUGCAGCAGUGGAAGGACCUCGGAUCCAAUAACACCAUCACCCUCGUCGAGCAGCUGAACCGACUGAACCUCGAAGCCACCGCCUACACCCUCUACGGCACUCGCCUCGAUGGCCUCAAGGGCCCUGCCCACCCGAUGCUACAAGCCAUGGAGGACUCGACCUCCGAGGCCGUCCAGCGUCCCACCCGGCCUGGAAUUCUGAACUGGCUUCUCCACGGAAGCAAGUUCAAGAAGUCAUGCGCCACCAUGCGCAAGUUCGCCGCCGACGUGGUGGAGGAGCGAAAGAAGAACCCUACCGACCGCCAGGACCUCCUGGCCGCCAUGAUGAACCAUAAAGAUCCCGAGACGGGCAAGCCCCUCACCGACUCCCAGGUCAUCGACGAGAUCAUCUCCAUGCCCAUCGGGAGCAGCACCGCCCCCUGCACCAUCACCAGCAUCGUCUACUACCUCCUCAAGAACCCCUCCGUCAUCGACGCCGCCCGCCAGGAGAUUGACUCGGUCCUCGGCGACGGCGACUUCAGGUUCGAGCACCUCGAGCAGCUAAAGUACGUCGAGGGCGUCGUCCGCGAGGGUCUCCGCCUCGGCAACCCUGCCCCGGGGUUCAACAUCGAGCCCAUCCCCAGCGACGACAAGAAGCCCAUCCUCCUCGGCGGCGGCAAGUACGAGGUCGCACACAACCAGGCCCUCAUCCUCGUCCUCUCGGGCGUCAACCGCGACCCGGCCCUGUUCGAGGAUCCGCUCACAUUUAAGCCGGAGCGCAUGAUGGGCGACUCGUUCGCCAAGCUCCCCAAGGCCGCGACCCGGUGGUUCGGCAACGGCAAGAGGGAGUGCAUUGGCAAGCACUACGCCUGGCAGUGGCUUGUGCAGACGACGGCGCAGCUCCUCAGGGAGGUUGACUUUGAGCAGGUCGACCCCCACUAUGACGUCGAGAAGGCCGGCAUGGACGGUUGGUUCAAUGUGCGGCCCAUUGGGUAUCAGGUCAGGGUCAAGUCGAGGGUCUUCUAG